AUGGGCAAACUUCAAUCCAAGCAUGCAUGUAAACGCAGGGAAAACCCUGAGGGAGACAGCUUUGUUGUGAAUUCAUUCAUUUCAAGAAGGGGAGUUGAAGAGUGCGAAAGAUAUGGCGCGUCGGAGCACAAAAUAAAAGAUAUUCAGGAGAUACAGAGCUGUGAACUCAAAGAUGGACAAUUCUUAGACCAUCACUGUCCCCUAGAGGUGGCUCUGCCUCCAGAGAAGGCAGAGGGUUGUGUGAGUUACCUUCAGUACGUGCAGUCUGAUGAGGGAGAGAGGGACCUACUGAAGGAGGCUAUCAAAGGGAAAAAACGUAUCAGUCUGGAUGACCUUGAAUGUGAUGUGUCAGUGGAGGAUGAUAAUCGACAAGAGUGGGUCUUCACUCUGUACGAUUUUGACAAUAGUGGCAAAGUAACCAAGGAGGACAUGUCCAGUCUCAUGCACACCAUCUACGACGUUGUGGAUGCCUCUGUCAAUCAUUCAGGUCACACCAAAAGUAAGACACUGCGUGUCAAGCUGACUGUCACCCCAGAGCCCAGUGCUCGCCGAAGAGAGCCCACCAGCACCGGGGCAGAGAGAGACCUCAGUCGCAGUCGUGUGGAGGCUAGUCACCUAGAGGAGGGUCGAUGUGCAGACAAACGACUCUCCGCCCACAUCAGAGGGCAGAGCAGUGAUUCCCCAGAGAGAAACCAUUACUGUGUAGAUGAGAACACAGAGAGGAGGAAUCACUACCUGGAUCUGGCAGGCAUAGAGAACUACACCUCUAGAUUUGAAGGCUCUACUCCUCCUCCUGCUCCUCAGGAGCAGUCAGCCCGGGCCUCUCACUCGCAAAGCCGUUCCCGCUCCCAUGACCCUGAGGCCCACGCUCACCAGCGACGCUCGCAGAUCAUCGGCGACCACUAUGCUGUCAUGGAACCACGUGCUCGUGGUCCCCAGUUCCUCAAAUCCCCCAAAAGUACAUCCAAAGGGGCCGGUGGGAACCAGUCCGGGGGUGUCGGAGGAGGCAAGUCCAGUAAGUGUCAUGGAUACUACCCUCCAGUGCAGAGUAUGCACCAUAGUGCCUCAGCUGGUGUCCAUGGGGGACAGGAUGUGUACCAUCUCCCACAGCAGAGCCAACCUCAGCCCCCAGGCCAACACCAGCACCCCCUCCAGCAUAGCCACAGCAAGCGUCUGCGUGCUAAGGCCAGAGAGCAGGCCCUGUCCCCAUCUAAGCUCACCCAGCAGCUCCCACCCAACUCCCCACCGGGGCUGGACCGAGAGCAGCCCUCUCUCCUGCCGGGGAGCCCCGGUUUUGUGGUGCCGAUGGUCCAACGUCACGAGCACCAUCAUCAUCACGAACAUCAUCAUCACCACCACUACCACCACUACCACCAGACAUGA